AUGAAAGAGUUCAGAUAUGUUCUUUUCUUAUCCAAAGUAAAAACGGAGUUAGAAAGGACUCAUCAGAAUGAUCCUGCCUGCAAUGUUAGCGGAUCCAAGGAUGACGAAGGAAAAGAAAUUGAAGAUGUUGUUGAAGACGAAAGAACAAAUGCAGAAAAUGAAAGCAGUGAGACUAAUUCUGAAGAGUCUCCCAAUGACGAAAACAAUGAUGGUGACAAUGGUAGCGGAGACGACAAAGAUGAUGAAAGUGAUGAUGAAGAUGACGCUGAUGAAGAAGAUGAUGAGAAGAAGGACGACGAUGAUGAACAUGAUGAUGAUGAUUCAAGUAAUGAUGAUGACGAUGAUGGCAAUUCGGGCUAUGAUAGCGAAUCUCCUAUCAUUGGCAACAUCGAAUACAUACCUGAUAGAUCCGCCGCUCCUUGCUCAUCUCCACCCAAGGACAAUCCCCCUUGUGAUCCGUCUCACUCUAUGCCUCCACCAAGACACAGUGAAGCUGUUGCAAAUCAAGCUCGUGAUGAUAAAAUGGAAGCAUCACCUCGUGAUGAAACACUGGAAGCAUCACCUCGAGCAAUGCCGUUUGUCUUUGAACAUAGAAGUGCUCUUCGAAGACCUAUGCUCCUUUUUCCCGAAAGAGGUCCCACUCUCGAGUAG